CGAAUGAACAUGCGGUGGUAAACGACUUCGACGCAAGACUCAUUCGACAACAAUGUCUACAUCUCAACCUCCUCUCCGCUUGUCGUCCCACAAGUCUCUAACUUCGCGACUCGUCCUUUCGACUCUCCUCGGCCGCGCCGUCCGCAUCGACCAAAUCCGCCCUGACUCUCCUACAAACCCCGGUCUUGCGCCUCACGAAAUCUCCUUCCUGCGCCUCCUCGAGGCCGUGACGAAUGGCUCACACAUCGAGAUCUCCUACACGGGCACUGUCCUGCUCUACAAACCGGGCCUGAUCACGGGCUCUGCCGCGGGAAGCGGCGCCUCGAGUGCCGGCGUCCUACGACACGAAGUUCCUGCGAACAACACGCGCGGGCUGAGUUAUUUCCUCAUACCGAUAUGCCUCCUCGCGCCGUUUAGUAAGACCAAAUUCAACAUCCUGUUUACCGGGGAGGGGGUGAUUACGAGUUCAACGGAGCGGUGGGGCGACAUGAGCGUCGACGGCGUGCGGACCGCGAUACUGCCCAUUUACGAAAAAUUCGGGAUCGAAAGGGACAUUGAAUUGAGAAUAUUGAAGAGGUCGAACCCGGGAAGAGGGGGCGUGGGUGGCGCAGGGGAAGUCCAGCUUGUGUUUGGACAUCAGGUCAGGCUACCCAAGACACUGCACUCUUUAAGUCCCGGGAGGGUCAAGAGGAUUCGGGGCGUGGCGUAUUCUACAGGCGUGAGCGGGAGUAAUAAUGCGAGGAUGAUCGAGGCGGCGAGGGGCGUGUUGAAUCAAUUUGUGCCGGAUAUCUACAUUUUCAGCGAUAUGGGUGGUGCGAGUUUGGUGCCAGAUAAAGGAAAUCCAAAUGCGAAGAGAAAGGUCGGGCUGGGUUUUGGAUUGUCCCUUGUCGCGGAGACGACCAGUAGGUGUUUGUACAGUGCGGACGCGGUCUGUCCGCCGGAGGGCGGGAGUGCGGCAGAGGACGUGGGACGGAUGGCCGCGUUUCAGUUGCUUGAGAGUAUUCAACGAGGUGGGUGCGUCAGUCUGGAAGCUUUCGAGACCGUGGUCACUUUGAUGGCCAUGGGAAGUGAGGAUGUGGGGAGAGUAAGUUUGGGGAGAGAUGUGUUGGCGAAUGAAUCCAGCAUUCGGCUAGCGAGGGAUCUGAAUGCUUUUGGGGCGGCCGGCUGGGGAAUCAGAGAGGCGGAUAGUGAGAAAGCGGAGGGACAGUUGCUGGUCAGUAUUGUGGGGAGAGGUGUUGGAAAUGUCGGUAGGAAGAUUGGGUGAAAGAAAAUGGAAGGACAUCAACAGGAUGUCAAACAGUCCAAACGGCAAGGCUAUGAUUGCUUGGAAAGUCACCGAUGCUGCCGUCGGUCUCGCAGCCUUGCGGAUUACAGAUGUCUGCCGAGAACGUCUCUGAUAUCGACUGAGAGCGGCCUUCGACCACACAACCAACCGUCCGAGUCGACAAAGGCACCUAGGUACAAGGUACGCCGGGAUCCCCGAGGAACAAACCAGCAGCAGCCGCAGCCCGACAGGCGAAGCCUUGUACAAGAGCGGCACCUUGAAAGCCCGAGGCCGAAUGUGCACAACUGAGGGCCAUCAGGUUCACAGAAUAUGCAGAAGGAAUCGGACAGCCAAUGAUGAGUCUGUAAAAAGACUGGGCUCCGGAUUUGUCGGAAGCUGUUGAUCUGUUGGUGUCGACUCGGCUGAUCGUCACACGACCACAAGCGCUUUCGAGAUAAGCAGUGAGAACACGAGCAGUCAGUAGAGUGCACACUACCUAUCUAGGUAUGUUGGCUGUGAAGGGCCUGUGCUCUUUGCCCUCAUGUGUCGACGAAAAGACAACAUCAACCAGCAGGAUGACGAGCGACUGUUGGGAAGAAUUGGCUUGAAUACCUAAUGAUUAAUAUGCCAUCGGAAUUGGCGGAACGACGGACGUAGGAAAAUAAGAG